AUGGCGAUUCAAAACAUUGUAAAGAUGAUGACGGUAAUUGCUUUGAAUACUGUAAAAUCAAAUGUGGUGGCCCAAAUCCACCCCAUGGUCCUUCUUCCGCCCCACGAAUAUAAUAAUGGGAAAACUAAAUGCAACAAUAGUGCUAAUGAUCUUUAUGAUUGUCAUGGCGGUCACAAUUCAAAACAUUGUAAAGAUGAUGACGGUAAUUGCUUUGAACGCUGUAAAAUCAAAUGUGGUGGCCCAAAUCCACCCCAUGGUCCUUCUUCCGUCACACAGAUUUUACAUGAGAGGCCAUCGAUAGAUGUUCAUGGAAGGCAACAAUGAUAAUAAAAAAAAUUGUAAAAGUUUUAUGAUGUUGUCUACUAUUUUUAACCUUAUGACACAAAUUCAAUAAAACAUUUU